AAAAAAAAACGAAAACUAAACCGAGAUUUCGGUUAAUUGCUCAGCACUCGUGUGUCAAUGCAGGCUACUUGUGAUUUUAUCCAUUGUCAUUAUAAACCGAUCCGGAAUGCCAGUAAUCCUAUAGGUUCUGGGGAGAUUAUGGCCAGCAGUAUUUUUCCAUUGAUUAAAUAAAAGAUAGGGUUUAUCAGUGGGGUGUUCAAUCUGGCGCUCCACGGUACAGUCAUUGCUCACCACCCAUGGAGCGCAACACACCUCUCGUCAUCCCUCGCCUCCUGCAGGCACGAUACGGAGCUGCGGGAUCCAGUUACAUCACUGAAGCUGACAGUUGCUUGGUAACCAAGUGAUGUCAGGUGCCUCUCCUCCUCAAACCACGUGUUCCGUACAUAAUAACUGGCUGCUCCGCGCACUGGGUGGGUGUUUAAGACGGAUCGUUUCCGCGGGCACGACUCUCUCUGUACGCAUGAAGUGGAGCAAUUGGUUCUAGGGCAACCAGCGUGUCUUCUCCAUAACGGAGGUCUCUAUUUCAGCUGCUUUUCCAAAGUGGAUUUAUCUUCUUGUUCACUAUGGCUGUUACCGAGGCUCCAUGCGACUUGUCUUAUUGCAAGAUGAGGGGAAUCGUGUCAGUUCUCACUGCUUUCAUCAAGGAGAGGAAAAUGGGUCUGAAUGACUUAAUCUCGAAGCUGGUGUCAAACCCACAUAUCUGUCAUCACUCUGAAGUUGACUUCCUCAAGAUCGAUGAGAACCAGAAUGAAGAGCUGGACGAUGAUGAACUUCUGAAUCCGAUGUGCCUGGCGUUCCCCAGAAGCUCUCUAGCGGAGGAGUUGGCGAUCAAACCAAGUGAUUUCGACUACCUGAAAAUCAUUGGCAAAGGGAGCUUUGGGAAAGUCCUGCUGGCUCGUCACCGGGACAGCAACGAGUAUUACGCCGUCAAGGUUCUACAGAAGAAAAUCAUCUUGAAGAAGAAAGAGCAAAAGCAUAUCAUGGCGGAGCGAAGUGUCCUGAUGAAGAAUAUCAAACAUCCUUUCCUGGUGGGGCUGCACUUUUCCUUCCAGACUACUGACAAACUCUACUUUGUCCUCGACUACGUGAAUGGAGGAGAGUUGUUCUACCAUCUACAGAGAGAGCGGGUGUUCCUAGAACCCAGAGCCAGGUUCUACGCUGCAGAGAUCGCCAGUGCUCUGGGAUACCUCCACUCCCUGCAUAUUGUUUACAGAGAUCUGAAGCCUGAGAAUAUCCUGCUAGCCUCAACGGGACACAUCGUCCUGACAGACUUUGGCCUCUGCAAAGAGGGCCUGGCACCCACUGGGACCACCACAACCUUCUGUGGAACGCCAGAGUACCUGGCCCCCGAGGUGCUGCAGAAGCAGGCGUACGACCGCACAGUGGACUGGUGGUGCCUGGGAUCGGUGCUGUACGAGAUGCUCUACGGACUGCCACCCUUCUACAGUCGUAACACAGCUGAGAUGUACAACAAUAUCCUGAACAAGCCUCUGAUACUGAAGCCCAACGUGUCCAACUCAGGCAGGGAACUGUUGGAGGGGCUCCUGCAAAAGGACCGCACCAAGAGGCUGGGAGUGAAAGAUGAUUUUAUAGAGCUGAAGUGCCACACCUUCUUCUCACCCAUCAACUGGGAUGACCUGAUGGCCAGGAAGAUCACACCACCCUACAUUCCCUCUGUGAGCGGGCCCACGGACCUCAGGCACUUUGACCCAGAGUUCACCCACCUCCCUGUGACCUCGUCGCUGUGCAACACGGACGGCCUGCUGGUGACCAGCAGCAUCAAGGAGGCAGCUGGAGCCUUCCCAGGCUUCUCCUAUGGACCCGCUGACGGCUUCAUGUGAGGGACUCCUCUAUCUUCAUCACCUCUAUUGAUGAUGAG